CCCCUCCCAUUCCACUGGGCCGCGAGGAAGUCGCAAGAUGGCUGAUGUCGCUUGGAAGUAACGUUCCCCUCCGCAACAUGAAGCCGUGAGCGUGGAAGAACGCGAGGGAGGCACCAUCGGGCUUUUAUUUUUAUUUUCUUUUAGUUACUUUUCUUUUAGUUCGUCAAACAUCCAUUUCAUUCCGCGUCGUGUCCGCCCCGGACUCGUCUUCGGGAGUUGACGCGUCAAAAUCACGCCGGGGACCCAGCCAGCAGCUAGCGGCUAGCCACCGUUAGCAAAUAGAAGCACAGCUAGCCACACUGCUUAGUACUUUGCUUUUUAACUGAUACUUUAACCGCCGGCGGGGCAUUAAGCUGCGGCUCCACAUGUGCUGACGUUUCCCAGGCGCAUAAAUGUGGCACAAAAAAAUUCAGCUGUCAUUAAAAAAUAACGAAUUUUAAAAUCUGAACACUAUGUCCGCGAACUGGCCAUCCAGUCUGUGGGUUGCUAACUAAUGCGCAGCUCUGCAUCCGUUCAUGUGGACUAAUCAGAGGUAUUAUCAUUUGAUCAACAUUUCACUGCAACAUCCACCACCUCGCUGCAUGUCCGUUACUCGCUGUCAGUUUGAUUCUGGAAGCCGGUUGAGAAGAAGCCAAAUUAUGGGAGCGGGAAAUCUGUUGAACUUUUUGUAGUUGUCGGUAGCAACACUGGCCUUGGCUGGCAUCACACCAAAAAAAUCCACAGGGAUGGACACUAAUCUGAGCAGCCACGACCAAAAGUGAGAGGUUAGCAUUUGGAAAAAAUAUCUAACAAAAAAACACAGGGGUUGUUAAUUUAAAAUUAGUGCGCGGUGAUCCCCCCCUACACCCAACCUCACCAGCCGGUUGUUUUCCAGUGAACUCAAAGUACAGUUUGUCACUACAGCGGAGACCAGUUAGCAUUGCUAGCUGCCGUCUCACCCCACAACACGUUACAAACACGGCGUACAGAACGUACUCAGAAGCCGCUCCCGGCCACACACACCGGCUCAACAACACCGUCAUGGGUGUGCAGGGUUUCCAGGAGUAUUUAGAGAAGCGGUGCCCCGGGGCGGCGGUCCCCGUGGACCUCCUCAAGCUCGCCCGCACCGCGGCCCGCCAGCCCCCUCACCAUCAUCACCCACACCACCACCCACAUCACCCCGGGCCCAUGCCUCCCCCGCCCCCGCCUGCCAGGAUCCUGAUCGACGCUGACUCCAGCCUGCAGCGCCUGUACGGAGGCUACCAGACGGACUGGGUUUGCGGAGGCGAGUGGAACGCCAUGCUGGGCUACCUGGCCGCCCUGUCACAGGCCUGUCUAUACCAGGGCGGCCUGGAGCUCGUCGUGGUUUUCAACGGCACUCUGGGGAAGGAGCGCUGGCCCGAGUGGGCGCGGCGAGCUCAGGGCCAGCGGCAGACAGCGCAGCUGAUAGUCAACCACGUCGGCAGCAAGGCCACCCCGCCUCCCCGGGCAUGGUUCCUGCCCCCGGCUUGCCUCAGCCACUGCGUCCGCCUCGCCAUGUUCCGCUUCCGAGUGCGGGUUGUACAGACUUUGGAGGACCACCACCAGGAGGUGCUGUCUCUCUACAGGGACUACGGAUUUUCUGGCCUGAUCGCUCAGGACUCAGAGUUUGCCCUCUGCAACGUGCCCGCCUACUUCUCCUCACACGCGCUUAAACUGAGCUGGAACGGAAAGAACCUGACCACACACCAGUACCUGCUGUCUGAAGCGGCCAGGCAGCUGGGCCUGAAGACACAGCACCUGCCACUGUUCGCUGCUCUGCUGGGAAAUCAUAUUCUGCCUGAUGAAGACCUGGCUGCCUUCCACUGGAGUCUGCUGGGACCAGAACACCCACUAGCUUCCCUCAAGGUGCGAGCCCAUCAGCUGGUGCUGCCACCCUGUGAAGUGGUGAUCAAAGCUGUUUCUGAGUACGUCUCCUCCAUCAAAGACCUGGGAAACCUCGACACCAUCGCCAGAGAUGUCUUCAAACAGUCACAGUCACGAAUGGAGGACAAGGUGGAGCGAUUCAAGAAAGCUGUGGAGUAUUUCUCAGCUGCAUCCAAACCACGCUCGCCCAACAUGGGGCCUUCGCCUUUCAUCUUACCUGGGUUUGGACCCGUUCCAUUUGGGGGACCACCUGGCCACAUGGGACCCAUCCCUCUUGGAAAGAAUCAGUUUCCGCCGCCACAGGGUCCAGGGUUUAAGCCGCCAUAUCAGAACGCUCCGUACGGACCAGGCUCCGCCCCUCUCUUCCACCCGCCUCAGCAGCCACCCCAGGACUGCAACGACUCGAUGACCGGCAAGAUGGGCUUCUCCGAUUGGUCGGCGCCGUACGAUUCCACGCAGGGCGGCAACCGCCUGCCCAACCAUCACACCGGCACCCAGUCUGGCCCCUCCCCAUCUCCUUCCUCGUCAUCAGACGGAGACGAACCCAACGAUACCAACGCUAAUCAUCUAACAGACAAAUCCUCUCGGUGGGAGGAUCCGGCUGGAAGAGGGGGUCCGGCCUCCGGAGACGGUUCCCAAGGCAACGGGAGCGGGUCGAACAUUCCGUCACUGUUGUCGAUGGCGACGCGGAGUCACAUGGACAUAACCACACCCCCGCUGCCUCAGGUCAGUGCUGAGGUUCUUCGUGUAGCCGAACACAGACACAGAAGAGGGCUGAUGUACCCCCAGAUCUACCACAUCCUGACCAAGGGAGAGAUGAAGAUGCCAGUGUGUAUAGAGGACGAGUGUAACUCGGAGCUGCCUCCUGCCUCCCUGCUGUUCCGAGCUGCCAGACAGUACGCGUACGGCGUCCUCUUCAGUCUGGCUGAAACGCACCGCCGCCUGGAGAGGCUCGCCCUCCGCAAGAGGACCCCGCUAGAAGUUCCUCCUGUCAUCGUCAAAGAGUGGAGCAGCGGCAAGGCCAAGUCGGCUCUGACCCCGGAGCUGGUUCCGGCUCUGUGUUUCCGGGAGUGGACCUGCCCCAACCUGCGGCGGCUCUGGCUGGGCCGGGCCAGCGAGGACCGCUCCAGGAGAACCAGAGCCUUCCUGGCUUGCCUGCGCUCCGACUGCCCAGCCCUCCUCAACCCAGCACAAGUCCCUCAGCAUCUGCUGCUCAUGUGCUGCGUGCUCAGGUAUAUGAUGCAGUGGCCCGGUGGACGGAUCCUCCAGAGACACGAGCUCGAUGCCUUCCUGGCCCAGGCCGUUUCCAGCCAGCUCUACGAACCCGACCAGCUGCAGGAGCUCAAGGUGGAGAAGGUGGACGCCCGCGGUGUGCAGCUGGCUGCUCUCUUCAUGGCCGGCGUCGACACGGCGUUGUUCAUCAAUGAUGUCUGCGGCCAGCCGUUGCCAUGGGAACACUGCUGCCCCUGGGGCUUCUUUGACGGCAAACUUUUCCAGAGCAAACUGGCGCGGGCCGCCCGCGACCGGGCCGCCCUGCUGGACAUGUGCGAGGGGCAGGAGGAGCUGGUGUCAAAGGUGGAGAAGAUGCGGCAGGCGAUCCUCGAGGGCAUCAACCUCUCUCGUCCUCCUCCCCCUCCGCCUCCUCUGCCGCCUCCUGCCUUCCUGCCCCCCGCCAUGGUGCCCCCUUUCUACCCCAUGCCUCUCUACCCGCCUCGCCCCAUGGGCGGCAUGCCCCCUCAUCACCCGCACCAUCCUCAUCACCCCAGCCAACACAGACCCAGAGCUUUCCCAGGCAUUCAGUCCAUCCCGCCUCAGGGAGGGAAGCUGGAGAUCGCCGGCAUGGUGGUGGGCCAGUGGGCUGGAAACAAGCCUCUCCGCGGCAGAGGAGGGUUCAACAUGCAGGUGGUCUCGGUGGGAGCCGGAAAAGGGCGGGGUAAAGAGAUUCCAGCAAAAAUAAAGGGGACGAAAAAACCAGCUGCCAACAGAUCACAGACGCCCCCACCCAGCAGCCCCACGAAGCCCUCCGAGGAGGCGGGCUCAGCGCCCGAGGUGCCCACUCAGCAGCUGAAUGGCAGCUCAGCAGCCUCCGCCAUUGGCCAGCCCUUGGAGCUGGCCCAGCCAAUCCCGUGUGCCUUAGCCAGCAGAGACAACCAAUCAGAGGGGGUGGAAGUGGAGGCCCCCUGUUGCCUUGACGACUGCCCGUCUGACGGAGCGCUACAGAAGGAGGAGUGACGGCGUCCUUCGCCGGGACGCGCCACUCUGAGAGUUAUGUGUUCGACUGCCUUUCCCCUGUUUUUUGUAGCCCCGCCCCCAGCUCCCUCCUACGUCUCGUUAGCUGCGUGCACAAUCACGCGGAGCAGGAAGUGACGCCUUUUCACUUCCUGCGCCACGUGAUAGACUGAAGCAGCUAGCCGUUGCUCCUGUUUAAUUUUUACUCAUGUGGUUUUAAAUCGUUUUAUGAAGAAAGGGUUUCUCCAUGAGUCUGUAAGCGCCCCACCCCAACCCGUUUCCACUCUUCCGAAAAGGAAAAAAAAAAAAUACACAGAAAAAACAG